AUGUCCGUCAAGUUCGUCUGUUUGGUGGCCCUGUUCGGUAUAAGCUGCACGGCGUCAACGCUUGGCCACAGCAGCAACAGCAGGGGUCAGCAGAUAGGUGGAGGAGGCGAUGUGUUCACCAGUUCCUUUCUGGUUCGGUUCAAGCGCAGCCUGGACAAGCAGUUGGUGCACGAUAUUGCCACCCGGAAUGGAUUCCAGAAUUUGGGGGAGCUUCCUGGCAGCGAUGGCAAGGAGUUUCACUUCAAGCAUACGACCCUGCCGUUGGUACGCACCAGACGAAGCAUCUCCCAUACGCGAGUGCUCAAAAAGGAACCGCUGAUACACACGGCUUUACAGCAACCGGGAUUUAAGCGCGUCAAGCGUGGCUUCCGACAUGCGGUCCCGCUAAACUACAUUCCGGAUAAGGCACCCGGAUACGGUGGGGAAAAUGUACCGACCGAUCCGUACUUUCCGUUUCAAUGGUACUUGAAAAAUACAGGGCAAAAUGGCGGCAAAGCCAAACUCGAUCUAAAUGUACUAGCUGCGUGGGACCAAGGCAUUACCGGGAAAAACAUUACUACCGCCAUCAUGGACGACGGUGUUGACUAUAUGCAUGCAGAUCUGAAGUUUAAUUAUAAUGCUGAAGCGAGCUACGAUUUCAGCAGUAACGAUCCGUUCCCAUAUCCUCGCUAUACGGACGAUUGGUUCAAUAGCCACGGUACGAGAUGUGCGGGCGAGGUGGCAGCUGCCCGGGACAACGGUAUCUGCGGUGUUGGUGUGGCGUACGAUUCAAAAAUAGCCGGUAUUCGGAUGCUGGACCAACCGUACAUGACGGAUCUGAUUGAAGCAAACUCGAUGGGUCAUGAGCCGCACAAGAUACACAUCUACAGCGCAUCCUGGGGACCGACAGACGAUGGGAAAACGGUCGAUGGCCCACGGAAUGCAACCAUGCGAGCGAUCGUACAGGGUGUGAAUGAGGGCCGCAAUGGGUUGGGCAACAUUUACGUGUGGGCUUCGGGAGAUGGCGGCGAGGAGGACGAUUGUAACUGUGACGGGUAUGCCGCAUCGAUGUGGACCAUAUCGAUCAACAGUGCCAUCAACGAUGGUCAGAAUGCGCACUAUGACGAAAGCUGUAGCUCCACGCUGGCCAGCACAUUCAGCAAUGGUGCGAAGGAUCCAAACACCGGCGUGGCCACGACGGAUCUGUACGGCAAAUGUACCACAACGCAUUCGGGUACGAGUGCUGCAGCACCGGAAGCGGCAGGAGUUUUCGCAUUAGCACUGGAAGCAAAUCCAUCCUUGUCCUGGCGCGAUAUGCAACAUCUUACCGUGCUGACGUCCAAGCGGAAUUCACUGUUUGAUGCCAAAAACCGGUUCCACUGGACGAUGAACGGUGUCGGAUUAGAGUUUAACCAUCUGUUCGGAUUCGGUGUACUGGAUGCCGGUGCGAUGGUAGCGUUGGCGAAGAAAUGGAGAACAGUGCCGCCGCGAUAUCACUGCGAGGCAGGUGCAAUCACGCAGAUGCACCGGAUACCUUCGUCGGGUUCACUGUACCUGCCAAUCAAGACAAACGCGUGCAAAGGAACCGACACGGAAGUACGCUACCUAGAACACGUGCAAGCCGUCAUUACCGCGAACGCUAGCAGGCGCGGUGAUCUGGAGCUUUUCCUAACAUCGCCAAUGGGCACAAGAUCCAUGAUACUAAGCAAACGGGCUAAUGAUGAUGAUCGUCGGGAUGGUUUUACGAAAUGGCCUUUCAUGACGACACACACCUGGGGCGAAUAUCCGCAAGGAACUUGGAUGCUGGAGGCCACAUUCAAUUCGCAGGAAAGCCGCACCGGAUGGAUCAAAGAGUUUUCGCUCGUGCUGCACGGUACUAAAGAUCCUCCGUACCAGACACUGUCACCGGCAUCGCCACACUCCAAGUUGGCCAUUGUAAAGAAAGCUCACGAGGAUAAGGACGGCAAUUAA